AUGGCUUCUGCGAAUACACCAUUAGAAACACCAUCUUCGCAAGAACAAGGAUCAACUCCUGAUGCAUCAAUCGCAACCCAAAAAAACAAUAAUAGAGCAAAAACCGAUCCUGCAUGGGGUCAUUGUAAACAAGUUGUGGAGUCUGAAAAAAUAAUUCUGCUAUGCAUAUAUUGUGAGAAGCUUAUUAGGGGUGGAGGAAUUCAUCGGUUUAAACUUCAUUUGGCUGGAAAAGGAGGAGAUAUUGAGUCUUGUCGAAAGGUGCCAGUUGCAGUGAGACACCAAUUCCAUGAAAGUAUUGAAGAGCUUCGAAGCAAGAAAAGAAAAACUCAAGAACAAUAUGCCAAAAGUUAUAAUGCUUGUGAUGAUGUUGAAAGAGAAUUUGACGAGAUCGAACGUAAUGAGAUGCAACAGCAACAAAAAUCCAGGGUUCCAACACCUAUCUCUAGAAAAGGAAAACAAGUCAAAGAUUUACAAUCCUAUUUUCCAUCGGCAACAACACCCGGAGCUCAACCAACUAUCAAAAGCGUUCUUCAAAGCAAAGAAAUUGUGGAGAAGUGUGAUAUUGCUAUUGCGAAAUGGAUGGUGGAUGCCUCUGUUCCAUUUAAUGCGGUUAAUUCAGCUUACUAUCAGCCAAUGAUUGAUGCUAUUGCAAGCAUGGGUGCAGGGUAUAAAGGGCCAAGUUAUCCAAGAGUCCGUGGGUAUUUGUUGAGUAAAUUAGUUGAGGAUGUGAGGAAGAUGAUUGAUGGUUAUCGUGAGAUUUGGAAGCAAACUGGAUGCACUAUUAUGGCCGAUGGAUGGACUGAUCGUUGUAGGCGUACUUUGAUUAAUUUUUUAGUUUAUUGUCCUAAAGGAACUGUUUUUCUAAAGUCAGUUGAUGCUUCUAAUAUCUCAAAAACUGCUGAAAAUUUGUUUAAGUUGUUUAGGGAUGUUCUAUUGUUUGUUGGUCCUGAGAAUGUUGUGCAUAUUGUAACGGACAAUGCUGCAAACUAUGUUGCUACGGGAAGAUUGUUGGAGGCUGAGUUUCCUAAAUUGUAUUGGUCCCCUUGUGCAGCUCAUUGUGUUAAUCUGAUGUUUCAAGAUAUUGGGAAGUUACAAGAAGUGAGUCAAACUGUGUCACAAGCUUCACUGAUCACUAAGUAUAUCUAUAAUCAUUGCUAUCCACUGUUCUUGAUGAGAAAGUUUACAGGUGGGCGGAAAAUACUUCGUCCAACUCCAACUCGGUUUGCUACUAAUUUCAUUGCUUUGCAAAGUAUUUUAGCUCAAAAGGAUCCUCUGAGAGCUAUGGUGACUUCUAAAGAAUUUACAAGCUCAGCUUACUCCAAAGAAGCCAAAGCUAAGAAAUUUGUGGAUCAAGUCUUGGAUUCUAAAUUUUGGAGUCAAUGCACUGAUAUUGUUAAGCUUACUUCGCCACUUGUUCAUGUUUUACGUAUUGUGGAUAGUGAAGACAGACUUGCCAUGGGUUAUCUUUAUCAAGCUAUUUAUAAGGCUAGAGAAGAAAUGAUUUUGGAUACCCGUUGGGAUGCACAACUUAAGAGAAAUCUUCAUGCCGCUGGUUAUUGGUUAAAUCCAGCUUUUCGAUUUAAUGCUGGAGAAUUUGAAAAUCACAAAGAAACGAUUUCUGGCUUGUUGGAUGUCAUUGAGAAAUAUGCUUAUGAUGAUCCUGUAUUGAAUUCUAAGCUGACAAGUGAGAAGAGGAUCUUUAAGAAUGCUGAGAAAGAUUUUGGAAGACCCUCUGCAAUACGUGAAUGA